AUGGUACGCAAAGGCUCAAACAGAACUAAGACCUCUGAAGUUGGGGAUGAGAUUAAUCCGUAUGGUUUAAACGAAGUUGAUGAUUUUGCUUCUAAAAGGGAAAAGGUUUUACUUGGACAAUCCACCUUUGGCGACAGUAAUAAAGAUGAUGACCAUUCUCUGUUAGAAGACGAAGAUGAGGAAGAAGUCUUAGCCAUGGAUGAAGAUGAUGAGUCAAUAGAUGAAAGAGAAGAUGAGGAAGAAGAAGAGGAAGAGGAACUAGAUGGUGCUGCAGCCUAUAAGAAAAUAUUUGGUAGAAACUUAGAAACUGACCAGCUUCCUGAGGAAGAUGAAGAGAAUGGUAUGUUAGACAACGAGAAUGCCUGGGGGUCCACAAAAGGAGAAUAUUAUGGGGCUGAUGAUUUAGAUGAUGACGAAGCUGCUAAGGAAAUAGAAAAGGAAGCUUUACGACAACAAAAGAAGCAUCUGGAAGAACUUAAUAUGAACGAUUACUUAGAUGAAGAAGAAGAAGAAGAGUGGGUCAAAAGUGCCAAAGAAUUUGACAUGGGUGAAUUUAAGAACUCGACCAAGCAGGCUGAUACUAAAACUUCCAUAACGGAUAUUCUAAAUAUGGAUGACGAAGCAAGGGAUAACUAUUUAAGGACAAUGUUUCCUGAAUUUGCUCCACUUUCAAAAGAAUUCACAGAAUUAGCUCCAAAGUUUGACGAAUUAAAGAAAUCUGAGGAAAAUGAGUUCAAUAAAUUAAAGCUAAUUGCACUUGGAAGUUACCUAGGCACAAUAUCAUGUUACUAUAGUAUCUUGUUGCACGAACUCCAUAAUAAUGAAGAUUUCACAUCUAUGAAGGGACAUCCGGUCAUGGAAAAGAUUUUAACGACAAAAGAGAUUUGGAGGCAAGCCAGCGAAUUGCCAUCUAGUUUUGAUGUGAAUGAAGGAGAUGGUUCUGAAAGUGAAGAAACCGCAAACAUUGAGGCCUUUAACGAAAAGAAGCUGAAUGAGUUGCAAAACAGUGAAGAUUCUGAUGCAGAGGAUGGAGGAAAACAAAAGCAAGAAAUUGAUGAAGAAGAAAGAGAAAGCGAUGAAGAAGAAGAAGAAGAAGAUGUUGAUAUUGACGAUUUUGAAGAGUACGUAGCACAAUCACGUCUGCAUUCUAAACCGAAAACAUCAUCAAUGCCUGAAGCUGAUGAUUUCAUUGAAUCUGAGAUUGCUGAUGUGGACGCACAAGACAAAAAAGCUCGUAGAAGAACUUUGCGUUUCUAUACUUCGAAAAUUGAUCAACAAGAAAAUAAAAAGACGGAUAGAUUCAAAGGUGAUGAUGAUAUUCCAUAUAAGGAACGUUUAUUUGAAAGGCAGCAACGUCUGUUGGAUGAAGCUCGUAAACGUGGUAUGCAUGAUAAUAAUGGUGCUGACCUAGACGAUAAGGAUUACGGUUCUGAAGAUGAAGCUGUGUCUAGGAGCAUCAACACUCAAGGCGAGAACGAUUAUUAUCAACAGGUUCAGAGAGGUAAACAAGACAAGAAAAUAUCUCGUAAAGAGGCUCAUAAGAAUGCUGUUAUUGCUGCAAGGGAAGGAAAAUUGGCGGAAUUGGCUGAAAAUGUCUCAGGUGAUGGUAAGCGUGCCAUUAAUUAUCAAAUUUUAAAGAACAAGGGUCUAACGCCUAAAAGAAACAAGGAUAACAGAAACUCUCGUGUCAAGAAGAGAAAGAAAUACCAAAAGGCACAAAAGAAACUCAAGUCGGUUCGUGCAGUUUAUUCUGGUGGUCAAUCUGGCGUCUAUGAAGGUGAAAAGACAGGUAUCAAGAAGGGUUUGACGAGGUCUGUUAAAUUCAAGAAUUAA